AUGUUGCUCGAAGACCAGCGAUUCAUCCACGAAGACCUCGAGCGGUUGGAGCAGGCAGUUGCUGACCGUGCCGCUGAGGAGCCAAGAAAUAUUCGAGAACGCCUAGCGCGCGACCAUGAAGUCGCCAGUUUUUUGAAUCGCAUUGAGGAGCAGUCAAAGAGGCUCCUGGAUAUUUACAAGGAUGCGGACGGGCUCCGGGAGAAAGAAGUGCAGGCCAUCGCAACGGGCGAUCAGUUCGAGGAAUUCUACAAGCAGCUGGACGACAUCAAAGACUUCCACAAGCGAUAUCCGAAUGAGCCCGUCGAAAACCUCGAGAGAGCGUAUAAGCGCCGCCAGCCCGGCGAGGGUGAGGCGCCGCUUGGCACGGAGAUCGACAACAUGUUCACCGGCGAGGAAGGAUUCGGACAAUACUUGGAUCUGACCAUGAUCCAUGAAAGUUAUCUGAACCUUCCUAAUGUCAAGCGAGUGACCUAUAUCCAAUACCUCGAAAUUUUCGACUCUUUCACGCCCCCCAACAUGUUGAUUAAGCGCAAGGAUAAGAUCUCCGAUAGAUACUUCCGCUACGUCAAUGAACUGGCCAGCUACCUCGAAAGCUUCAUCAAGCGAGUGCGACCGUUGCAAGAUUCGGACAAGUUGUUUGCUGGUUUCGAUGAGCAAUUUGAGAAGCAGUGGUUGGCGAAAGAGGUUCCAGGCUGGACCGAGGAGAAGGCCGAGAACGGUGCCUCCGGCCCUAAGACCGAGGGAACUGGUGAAGGCACCUGGUGUCCCGACUGUGAGAAAGAAUUUAAGAACGAUAACGUCUACCGAAAUCAUUUGACUGGCAAAAAGCACAUUCGGGCGGCCGAAGCUCGCAAAGCGGCUGGUACUUCCGGCGAGAAGCCAUCGACACCAGCUGGUCACACCUCGUCUGGGAACCUGAGCCUGAAGGAGCGAGCGGUGGCCGAACGCGAGCACCGUGUCCGAUGUUUGGCAGAAGCUCUCCAGCAAGAGCGACAAGCCACUCGGAUCAACGUGGAACGGAGACAGGGCAUGACCGAACGCGAACGUCAAAUGGAACUUGACGCGCUGAUGGCCGAGCCCGAGAGUUUUGGCGGCGAGGGACGUGCUGGCGAUCAGUCCGACGAGGAUGACGAAGAGCGCAUCUACAAUCCGCUGAAACUACCCCUUGCCUGGGAUGGGAAGCCCAUUCCAUACUGGCUUUACAAACUGCAUGGACUGGGCGUGGAAUACCCGUGUGAAAUCUGCGGCAACUAUGUCUACAUGGGCCGCCGGGCUUUCGACAAGCAUUUCUCCGAGGCCAUGCACAUCUAUGGGCUGAAAUGCCUGGGGAUUACCUCGAACACGAACCUUUUCCGUGAGAUUACCCGGAUUGACGAUGCCGUUCGCCUGUGGGAGAAGCUUGAGCAAGACCGCAAGAAGGAUAGAGAUUCGCGAGACAACGUGGUCCAGAUGGAGGAUGCCGAGGGCAAUGUGAUGCCCGAACGGAUCUACCUCGAUCUUCAAAAGCAGGGCAUUCUGUAG